AGCUCAUACUCAACCAUCAAAUAAUUUUCAAAAAUAAUAAAAAAGAGAUCAAAUUAAAGAUUAGUUAUGUUAUGAAUUAACAAGCAAAAAUACAAUUAAAAUAAUUCCUUUCUGAGAAUUCAGAUCGAACAUCAAGAUGUGGUUCAAGAUUUACAAUUAUAAAAUGAUGAUUUUCUUGGUUUUUCUACUCAUGGGUCACUGCAAUUCAAUUGAAUUUGCUUCACAUUCAUCUUCAACUGACACCACCAUGCACACCAAUAACUGGGCUGUUUUAGUCUGCACCUCUCGUUUCUGGUUUAAUUACAGACACAUGGCUAAUACUUUAUCUUUAUAUAGGACAGUUAAGAGACUAGGAAUACCUGAUGAGAGAAUAAUACUUAUGUUGGCUGAUGAUAUGGCUUGUAAUGCUAGGAAUAAGUACCCUGCCCAAGUAUUCAAUAAUGAGAAUCAUAGACUUAAUUUAUAUGGAGAUAAUGUUGAGGUAGAUUACCGAGGGUAUGAAGUGACAGUUGAAAAUUUCUUGCGGGUUUUAACGGGGCGCCAUGCUGCUUCUGUUCCAAGAUCAAAGCGUCUUUUAAGUGAUGAAGGAAGUCACAUUCUCGUGUACAUGACAGGACACGGUGGAGAUGAAUUCUUGAAGUUUCAGGAUUCUGAAGAGCUCCAAAGCCACGAUUUAGCUGAUGCUGUGAAGCAAAUGAAGGAAAAGCGUAGGUUUAAGGAACUUCUGAUAAUGGUGGACACUUGCCAAGCUGCCACUCUAUUUAACCAGCUUCACUCCCCUGGUGUUUUGGCUAUUGGAAGCAGCAUGAAAGGAGAGAAUUCAUAUUCACACCAUUUGGACUCCGAUGUUGGUGUUUCUGUUGUGGAUCGUUUUACUUUCUACACUCUUGCAUUCUUUGAGAGGCUAAGCAUUUAUGCCAAUUCUUCAUUGAGCAGUCUUUUUACUUCAUAUGAUCCAAAUACACUGAUGUCAACUGCAUAUUACCGAACAGAUCUAUACCAGCGACAGCUGGAACAGGUACCCGUGACAAACUUUUUUGGUUCAGUCAUGGAAACUAUACAUACUGAUUCUCCUUAUAUAGUUCAUCAAAGAAAAACACGGAACACAGUUGAAACUAAAGAACCAUUGGAUAAAUCGGUUGAACAUGGCGAGAGAAGGACACUGAUAAAUUCAAAUGUUCAGGAUCAGAGUACUGGAAUUAAGACGGAGGGUUGCCCUUUUACGCGAAUGUGGAACACUGUAAACAGCAAGGUCGAAAGAAUUGAAAAUAUCGAUUCUUUGGUGAACUAUGGUCUGGUAAUGAUCCUUCCAAUUCUAGUAGUUUCCGUACGGCUGUCAUCUUGAAGGAUGGAAAGAAGCAUCUUCUGUUCGACCCUCUCCGUCCAGGCACUCGAGCUGCCUGCCAAAUUCUUUAAAUCCGGUCAUGUCGGAUCUUCAUGGUGCCGUUGCGUUAUGACUCCAUAACUGCGGAAUCAGUUAUGUGUACCAUCUUGUACCAUUUUGCAAUUCCUGUAUCAUGUUUCAUUCUUGUAUUGUAACAUUAGUAUUAGGAAAUGGCAAUGCAAGUCUCUAUCUUGAUUCUUAAGCUAUUAUGCAUUAGAAGCUUAGCUAGUUGUGUGCUUAUAAAAGAGAAUCCUUUUCAACUGCUA